AUGACACUUACAAACACAGAGGGUAAGUCCCAUGGCGACUAAUUACCCACUUUUAUACGAUAACGACUUCAAACAUAAACUUGAGACUGAGAUAAGCACUUACUUCUAACUUAACAAUCAACCUGAAAUAUCGCCCGCCACAACUUCGCAGGGCCCAUAAAGUAGUUAUUAGAGGUCAGCUCAUUAGCAGAGCGUCUUUUCUUAAUCGCACCACCCAGAAACUACACCUUACACCUUACAAACUACGUGACCUCAACACGGCCCAGUUUUUGCACCCUAACACGGCCCUUAGCAUAGAAAUUGAACAAAUUACGAAUCAACUAAAUGACCUUCUACUUCAACAGAUAGCACUCACUCCUCAAACACUUAAAUUAAGACACUACACACAAGAAAAUAGAGCUGGCAAAAAACUGGCAUCACUACUUAGACAUCAACAAACACAAUCAAAGAUCCAAUAUUUAAUUACCAACACCGGACGAAAAAUAUACAGCCCCUUAGAUAUAAACGCAGAAACAGCGGCCUACUACCAAGACCUCUACAACUUAAAAGAUGACCCGCAAACAAAUCAACCAACACAGGAUGAAAUCCGCAAAUUCCUAUCGCAGAUACAUCUAUAA